AUGGCGGAGGCCUUCAAGAAACCUGACAUAACGGAGCCGCCGGAUCCUUCCUGCACUUUCGCCUCGGUCCUUGUUAUCGGCAACGCUGGACUGGCCGAGGAGGCAGAGGACGACGAGAUGAGGCGGGCACAAGAAGCUUGCCUACUGGAGGCUGAGAUGAUUCACGAAGCAGCCAUCCGUGCCGACUCGCGCUGUUGGACCGUGCUGAAGAAAAACCCAACACGCGACGAGUUUCUAUUUGCGGUUGACGAAUUCAUCCGCCACAUGAGCCAGCAUGGGUCAGAGGGAUCGACGCACCUCUUCUACUACACAGGGGAUGGUUGCGAAAUACAAGGUUUCCACUUCAUUCCCGUCGAUGCCACUCGGCCGGACCGGGAUUACAUUGCACUCGGAGAGAUUAUGGUGAUGAUCGACAAGAAAAUCCGGGGACGCAAUGUUUUGUUUUGCAUCGACUCCUGCCGCAACAAUCCCAACCAUGAGACGGUCAGAGCCAAGUUCGACAAUGAGCGCGGAAUCGACAACCGCUACUGCUUACUCUUCCGCACAGCUGUUGGGAAUGAAAUCAAUCAACUCGCAGGGGAAUACUUGUCUGUAUUUGCCCGGACAGUGGAGCUCCACAUACGCCAGCUGGCAUGUAGCCAGACUCCCGUGAUUCCGGAUUGGGUUGAGCAGAUCGUACAAGCGAUCAAGCAAGAAGAUGAGCGAGAAGAUCCUUGGGUUUCCUUCAGCCGGCCGGUAGGCGGCUCUUUUCGGACCAUCCGCAGUUCGUCGGCUAGUAGCAUCUCCUCCCGAUCGCCGCUACUCGGAAGUACGAACACACGGGGCUAUAGCAUCUUCUCCGAGAAGCACAGCCCAGCUGUCAGCCCUCUGGACCCUCAGGACCCUGACCAGUUUUACGAGGUCACAGACAUCCGAAAGGCGCACCGCCGGAGAGUCAACCGCAUGACUGCCCCAACAGUAGGGAUCGCCUGUAUCAUCUUGGGGAGCUCCGAAGGCAGAUCAGCAGCAGAGGUGAAGAAAGACUUCGCAGUCCGCGGCAUGGGCCCAAAUUAUUUCAUCUCUGUUGAUGGAAAUCGGACAGUUCUGGUCAGGGAAGAGCUCUGUGCCUGGGACUACAACCUUGCAUAUUGGCGUGCGGAAGAAGUUAAAGAAGCUGGGCGGAUACCAGGUACCGGCGACAUCAAUGAAGUUAAGUCCUACGCAGUGUCCAUUGCUUUGGAGGGCGACGGCGAAGAGCCGUAUCGUGAAGAACAGUACACCGCCCUCAUCUCGCUGAUGAAGCGUCUCAUUGCAGCGUACGAGGUGAAGCUUUGGAACAUCGUCGGUGCUGGGGAAAUCAUGCAGCCUCCUCCGAAAGCCCCCCAGCCUGGCCGACAAUUCGAGUGGGCCCGCCUUGAAACUGCAGGUUGUGCCUUGGCUGCCCAGCCCAGAACGCAG